AUGCUCUCCACCGUCGUUGCUUUCACACUCCUCUCCGCCCUGGUGCGUGCCGGUGACACUGGGCUGGGCUACUUUGUCACUCCUAUCACCGACUCUAGCGGUACGGGCCCCUCUCCCCCUUAUGGUCUCGGCUCUUUCGCCCCCAUCAUCGAUACUCCCUACGGCCGGGUGUCAGUCUACCCCGUCGACAGGGACACCUCCAACGCCUGGGACAGGGGUAAAUUUGUUGUCCCGCCGACGACCGAAUACGUCCUCAAGACCUCCAAGGCCAUCGCUGCUUUGGGCGCAGAGGAAGCCUGGUCGACUUGCGCGACGGUCUGCUCGGCCAUCUUUGUUCCCCCGAUUCCCGGCGUGGGUGUCACACCCCCUCGUGGUGGAGCGGCCGGUGGGGGUGGAGCGGUCACAGGCGGUGGUGGAGGCCCCUCUGGUGGUGGAAGCCCCUCUGGUGGUGGUGAUCCCUCUGGUGGUGGUGGCGGUGGCCAGCCUUCCGGCGGAGACCAGGGGGCUGGCGGUGCUCCCCAGGGUGGCAAUGAACCCAACGUGCAGACCGGCGGCGACCCCAACGGUGGCAGCGGUGGCGCCGCCAACCCCAACCCCAACCCCAACGGCGGCAAUGGCAACAACGGCGGAGGACAGCGCGGUGGCAACCGCCGUCCGUAUCGCCAGUAG